CCGCUCCUCCUUUCAGCGUGUGAAAGGACGGCUGAGUGAGAAUCGAUGGCGCAGGGCCCCGCUUGACAGGACAAUAAACCACAAAGAAGGGCAAACAUGCUCCGGCGGAGCGAGGGGCCAUCGUCUCCCCCCCACAGCCGCCAACAGCACCAGCACGCCGGCCAGGAGUCUCCCUCCAGCCACCGACUCCCACACCCCGCCAAGCCCGGCCACCGCUUCACAUGAGGCGGCCACCAGCACUCAGCCCUGCCGCUCUGUAUGGAGCCUCUCGCCUGUGAAUGGCCAUGGAGGAUGAUGACGGGACUUGCCUCCUCGAUGUUUUAUGUGACCCCCAAGCCUUGAAUGACUUCCUUCAUGGGACCACUGAGCUGCAGACUAAAGACCUGCUCAUUAGUGCCUCCUCUGGGGAGCCUUGCCUCUUCACAGAUUCCCCGAGCCCCGUCCUGCUGCUGGGAGAUGGCGGCGACUCCCCGGGGACGCCACCGUCCGGAUGUGUGGAUCUGUCCUUUCUGGAGGAGGCCCUCCUCUCGUCACCCGAGGGGGGAGACGACUGCUUACACCAGGAGGACAUGCAGGGCGCAUCUCCCUUUGGGUCUGGAUGCGAGUCAAAGGGGGGCGAGGAGGAGGUGGCAGCACCCCCGGAGGAGGACGCAGAGGUGGCGUGUUGCGACAUCCUUCAGCAGAGCCUGCAGGAGGCAGACAUCACAGAACAGACUGUGGCCCUGGAGAGCAGCCUGACCCAAGACAGUGGGCCCCUUUACUCGCCGCCCACUGUGCCAUUUGUAGCCAAGACUAUGCCGAGCGCCCCUGCCUUGCCCAGAGACACUCAGGCAGCAGUAGAGCCCCCCCAACCCUCCUUGCUUGCUGUUGGGCCAGGCUGCCCCUCUCUGAAACCUGCCGCCCCACCUCAGCUGAUGGGGCUCCUGCCGGGAAACAUUUUCCCUGCCCCUUCACCAGAGACUACCUUCUCUCUGAGCCCGGUUCAGGGGUCUGGUAUAAUCAUCCAUAAAGCCAUUCCCAGCGUGACAUGCCGACCUCUCCUCACCCCCACUCUGAGAGCAGCGGCAGCCCACGGUAUCGUCCUGCAGCGUGCCCCACUCUCCAUUCAACCCAAGCUGCCAAUCAGCAUUCAGCCAAGAUUAGUCCAAAUCAGCCCAAAGCCGUCGGGGCAAAAACCCACUCCUGGUCUCACGCUAGUUCCCGGGACUGUCUCGCCAAAUAUUCUACUGUCCCAGCCUUCUGGCCAGAAACCCGCAGUGGUGCCCCCAGGACCUCCCCAGCAGCUCCCCAAACCAGUCAGCCUGCAACUAGUCAACCAGGGUGGCUCCUUUGUGCUUCAGCCUCAGGGACUCUUUCAAGGCCAAAACCAAUUCCUUCUCCCAGGUCAGUCCCAAGUAACCAUCUCCCAGCCUGGGGUUCGACCUCUGCUGACAGCUGGUCCACAAGGCCAAGGCGGCACUCCCUUCAGUGGGCAUCUUGUGGAUGGGUCCCAGAUUCUAACAGUGCCCCAAAGACAGCUCAACUUCAGCCCUGUUUUCACCACCACAGGACAGCUCACUCUCAGCCAGGCCACCGUCCUCUCUGGACCUCUGCAGCUGCAGUCAGCACCCCCUACGGUCUUCCAGAUGCCGGCUCAGCUGGCUGGGAGCUACACGACCGGCGGGCAGGGGGCCACUCUUGUACACGGCUCUGCUCUAGGAAACCACAUUACUUUAAUCAACAGUUCUGGGAUGUUACAAUCGGAUCUGCCCUCUAUCUCCAUCGUCAAUACUCCGUCGGUGGUGCAGGGCCUGCCUUAUGCGGCUCAGCCAGGUCAGGCGGCAUUGACAGAUGCCCCACCGGCCCUCCAACAGGCCUCUGUGGUGCUGCUUCCCGAGAGAGGAGUGCCUAAGGAGAGGAGCGCCUCAGAGGAAAGUUUUCUUCAACUGCCACAGGUGAGGAACAAGCACUUUGAUCAGGUGAUCCAGCAUCCAGUCUUGGUGCAGCACACAACCCCCCCGUCGCCUCACGUGGUGACCGUCCUUGAGCCCCAGACGAAUCCGGUUCUGGUCCCUGCAAUGGAGAUGACCUCAGACGAUGUGACCCAAGUGGUGGAGGAGGUGACCCAGUCUCUGAGCCAGAACCAAGACUUUAUGCAACAACUGCAACAGCAAGCACUUAGCUCUCCCACUACGUCUGACAUACUGGUGGGAGCGGUACCCGAGGUUCCAGUGGAGUUCACCCCCCCAGUGGACAAUGAGCAAAACCGCCAGCAAGCGACUGCGAUGUUGGAUCCACGUGUUGACUCAUCGCCACUCUCGCCAGAAGACACGUCGCUACUGGCAACCUUUCAGACAGCAGCCAUAGUCCCCAGUCAAGACCCCGUUACCAGACUGGAGAGUCCCCCACCCCAGUACCAGGACUCUCAGUCUUUGUUCAUCGACAGUCAAAGGACGCUGGCCUCUCCCCAGGCCUCAGCUUCCCAUCCAGGGCCUGACUUCUCCGUCCCACAGUCAUCAGAGCCCUCUUUGGCCUCCAGAGGCCCCUCCCCUCUGCAGGUCAGCAUCCCAGUGCCUCAGCAGCAGCCGGAACCCACAGCUGCCAGCCUCUGCGGAGGGGGGUACCACCCCCUUGCCCAACAGCACACACUUGACACACCAACAGCUGCCUUGGCCAUAGUGAACGACGCCAUGUCUCUCCAUGUCCUCCCAACUUCUGCUGACACCCAGGAGGGACACCCCUGGGAGGACGGCCCCUUCACGGGCAACCAUGAGCUCGCAGGUGUGGAGCCGCAGCCAGAAGAAACACCAACACCAGCAAUGCGACGGCACAGGUUCCAGCAGCUUCUUUGCACGGACCACAUGGCGGUACAAAACCCGCGCAUCAGCACCGCCUUUUCUACGCUGAGGGACGCCGCCCGGCGCCUGCUGCCGUACCACGUGUGCGGCGGACUCCUGCCCAGGCAGGAGGACUUCACUCUAGUGGACCAGGAGUUUGACACGGAGUCGGGGUUCCUGCUGAAGCGCACCAAGGACAUGGUGAACAAAUACCGGCAGCUACUUGUCAAAGAAACCCAGCAGGAGAGUCCGUCGGCUGAAAUGGUGAUGCUGGAGCGCCUCUUUCUGCAGGCUGAGCGAUUCUCUUUGGGAGAGGACAGACGGCGAGCUCGCAAAGACCCAGAGUCCUUCAUGAUGUCCUUGGCCGCAUCAGCGUCUUCUACGGGGGCUUCGUCUCCGCCCCCGGCCUGGACCAGACUCUCGGACCGACCGCCGGGUCUUAAAACCUACCGCUCCAGUUCCAGGGGGGCUCUCAGGCUCACUAUAAAGCAGGAGGUUGUGCACAGUUCUUUGAAGCGGGACCACAGGGGCCAGCUGACCAAUGGUGGCGCGGCCAACCCCCCUCAGUCGACCAACGGAUCAUCCGGACAUCUGGAGUGCGAUGAAAACUCCACGCAUGCCCAGCUAUCCAACAUGAAAGAUCCUCUUCCAAUGCUGCAAGCCGUCCGCUUUGAGUCGCCCCCGCGGGACGCACCCAAGUUGAAAUGCCUCAGGCUGGACGUGCCGCCGCCCGCCUCCCUACAGGAGGACAACGUGCUCAGUGAACACCUGCAGAGCGCCAUUAACAGCAUCCUGGAGCUGCAGCGCCUGCAGGGGCCCUCGGGCAGCCCCCUCACCAGGGCACCCGCAGGCCCCGCAUUGGACCAACCCAUCACCAGCAUCUUAGGGGGUCGCCUUUGACUUGGUUUCCCCCGAACAAGUUCCACACAGAUCCUGAAACUUCCGCUAAAGCUGGAUCUUGUGGUCUCUUGCGAGAAAGAUUGGGUUUCAAGAGCUGUGUAGGCUUUAGCCUUUCUCUUAACCUUACGGAAGAUUGUAAACCCCUUGCUAGACGGGAACCAAGGGCUAAGGGCUAAAAGGAGCGCCAAGGGGUAUCAUUUCGGCCCUUAGUCUGUGGAGGAAGUGCUUGAGAGACAACAGCACCGUCCGUAGUUCCAUUCAUGUUAGAUACUUCAUUUUGAUGUCCGUUGAGCUAAAAACAGUCUCUAGGAAUAGGAGCUCUAUGGUUUCCAUGCUAGUGACAGAGUUGCAGUCUUCAUCAGCAUACAGAUAAAAUAGUCAGUGAGAAUUGGUGAAUAGUUAAAAAAAAAAAAUCAGAUUUCUUUCCCAUAGUGCCAAGCUUCCAGGGUAUUUAUUUUUUGUACGAGUGCCAAUGUUACUGUGUGGCGUCUUUUCAAGUAAACGCCAAAGAACGCCGCCACAACCCUGACCAUACCAGCAACUACCGGCUCGCCUCUCAGAAGCUGCCGGCUGGACUCUGUGAAAUGUCCCUGUGAAAAAACCAGGACAAUGUUGGAUGUUUGAACACGUAAGCAAUAAUGACUGGGGAACCCGGGGGGAGGACGGAGGUGAGACUGCAAAGAAGAUGUCGCUUUGGUUUUGUCUUUUUGCAGAGAUGUAGGACUUUAGGACUUACAACUUGACUUCUAUAAAAAAGGACUGGGUGUAGUUUUGGAUGAAUGACCUGCUAGGGACUUGAACCUAGGACCUUUGGAUUUGUGAUUGCUUAGAUCACUUACGUCAGGUGAGAUAUGACUGACUAUUUCAUCUACGACUUGGAUCAAAAAAAUCCUGGGCCUCACAUAGUACUAGAACGGAAAGAUGUUUGAACUUGCUAGUGACUUUGGGAGUCCCUUUCGACUUCUGUUAAAUCCGUGUACAAGUUCCACAGAACCAUGCGAUAAGACUUCCGUCAUACUUUGACCAAAGGACUGAGCACUUGUACCAAAGGACUUUUGACUCUUCUAGGACUUUAAGGAUGCUUAAAUCUAUCAAUGGGAGAUUUCUUCUUGUACUCGUAACUAGUGACUUGGGACUUAUGCAAGACCUGAUGCAAAUGAUUUCGGACUUGCUCGUGACGUUUUGAACAAGUUUCUUAAAGUUCCACAUUGCUUAGACCAGGUCAUUUGAUAACCAAGCUAGAGACUUGGAUGAGUGAUCUUUGACAGAGAACCAAAUGGGAUUUUUUAGACUUGGGCCCAAUACAGACCAGAUUUUUUGGACUAAAAGACAAACAAACAAACUAUGAUGUGGUGUACAAGAGACUUGGACCAAACAGAAAACUUGUUUAAGACUUUGGAACAAAAUGACUCGUCAUCCGUUGUAUACUUGGACUGAAAGAAAUUCCGGUUUAGAUGACACUUCAGGCUGUGUUCACACUCGGCCGAUUCAUCUGGAUUCAGUCCCGAUUUACUUACCGUUCCCACAGGCAUUGAAAAAAUCUAAAUGUCACCAAAAGAUGCCCUGUAAACCAAGCACCUGGUCUUUAGUCAUUGUGGACACCAGAGGUGGUUUACGCUUGUUGGCUUGAACCAAACCGAACGUGAACACAGCCUUGGUGUUGAUCCAGACCUGGACCUGGUGGACUUCUGAGUGGCGUGAGUCAAGUAUUCCGCCCCACCAAACAUUUGACCAAAUACUGGAGGAAGAGUUCGUGUCACACACCGAUUUUUAAUUGGCGGUUCCUUGGUUUUUAUUUCCGAACUGAAGCCGAAGAUGUAUUUUCUCCCCUUUUUUGUUAACGUGACAAUCUUACAAACCCGCAAAGAAGGGAACACGUUAGAAACUCAAAAGUGACGGAACGGUUUUCUCGACGACGCGAUCACCUUUUGGCGUGAAAUCGUCGUUUUUGUUGGAGCGAUACGAAUAUGCAGUACUUUUACGAGUGUAAUGUCUCGGUCAUGCAGUAAAGAUGUCAGAGUGAUUUUCACUCCUCGGCGGCGCUCGGCUCCUGAAGUCUGGUCGAACAACACGUCCGACUUGGAAGUGGAAACCCGGAGAAGAAGAAGAAGAAUGAAGCCGCCUCACGUGCCAUAGUCGACACUGACCGUUAGCGUUUAGCAUGUCCACACCUUUUUUCUUUGCACAUGAGCCAUGAAAGCCAGAUGACGGAUUGUUCUCACGCCAAAAUCUAGAGGCCUUAACCCAGCAGAACUAGAUUGUACACGACCACUAAAAAGUCACAUUUGAUGGCAACUGUCUCGAUUUUGUACCGUCUUUUUUUCUACAGACUAUUUAUCAAACUGUGAUUUUGUAAGAAAUAAAUCAAAACA